AUGACGGUAGAGCAACAUACGUGCUACCACAUGGCCGACGUCGACAUGACUGACGCUAGACCAUCCACCGACCACAGUCCGACAUCUACCGAGGAAGAGACGCUCCCCUUACUCUACGAUCUUGAUAAGCUGACGCAGAUUCCGGAAGGGGAGUUCACCAAGGACAUUCCCCCACCGCCGAUCGGAGAGUUCAACAAGAAAACGAAACAGAAUCUGACGCGAAAUGGACGGCCAGGAACUUCGUCGGCACCGGCCGGCUCUGGAAACCAGGUUGAGGUCAAAGAGGAGGAGGAUGGGGGGGAGGAGGAGGAGGAGGAAAGCGAUGACGAAAACGACGAGCGUCCGCCGCGUAGCACUAGUCAGCGCACCUUGGAAGAACGGCUCAGGCGGGAACUUGAAUACAUAGAUGAUCUGCUCGAACAGGACGAGGAUGCCGACCAGGAGAACUUGUCGGUGCCGCGCAAACAGUGGAGGGCGGCAGACUUCGUCGAGGAAGACAUGGUGUACGCGACCAUCGACGUGCUCGUCUUGGACGCCCUACGCCACCUGCAGACCGUGGAGAGGAACAACACGCUGAGGAAGUACACCUCGUGGAUCUAUCACUACAAGAGGUGGGCGGCGAAGAUGUUCAUGCAAAUUCGCAACAAGCUUCCCCAGGAGUACAGGCUUAAGCGCGUCGACGAGAUAGGGCACUACAUUCGGGACAACAAGAAGAAGAACUGGGACCAAGAGGCCGAUGUCCCUCGGUCGCACGUGUGGCUGCACGGCCCUAGGGUCACCACGUCCCGACUUCGCGCAUACGUGAAGUACAUGGUUCGGGAGAUGAAGCUCGAUGCCGAGUCCAGCAAGGAGGGCGACAACGCCACAGGAACACAGCCUGUGCAAUCUACAACGGUGCACACGCUCCUCGGGUGCAUAAAGGCAUGCCAGAUGGCGGCGAGAGUGGAGGCGACGAUAUACCGGGAGACAGAGCUGAGCAUCAUGCGUGAGAUAUCGGUGGUCAGGUCGGAGGUGCGGUUCAUGAUCCGCACCAAGAACGAGCGGGACCUCAAGAACUGCACCGAUCGGCGUCUCGGAACCAUUGGCGAUACCUACACCGCAGAACAGUUCCGCCAGAUCACGUUCAGGGUGCUGCCGAUGUGGGCGGCUAAGGCUUGGAACCCGCGGGGUACGGGCCCGUCGCAGACGCUGUGGCGGUUUCUGCUGUUGAAGGUGCUCACGCUACUCUCCCACCAUUCUCACCUGCGCGGCGCAAGCAUCCGCGAGAUCACGCUCCCCCACAUAUUCUUGUACCGACUGGCGAGCACCUCGUCAGUGAACCCGGAGAACCAGCCUGUCGUCAUGGUCAUCGCUGCGCGGAACUCGAAGACGUCCAAUGAUGCGCGUUUGCAGCAGAGCUACGCUGCGCGGCACCUCGAAGCGGAGUUGUGCGCCGUCGGCGAGACGGGCCUGUGGUUGCAUUUCAUCCUCGACCAGAUCGGCCAGUUUCACGGCGUCCGCCUCAUUCCGCCGGUGGACACCAGCACACGCGCGAGCUGGUACAAGAAGCACCUCUUCUUCGCCAAAAACGACACUGACCAAGGGGAGCUCUCUGCGGCAAGCCACCAACGCUGGACGUGGCAGUUGUGGGACAAAAACGGGGUCUUCUGCAAGAGGAAGGUGCACGCUGCUCGAGCCGGGGGGGCCCAGGAGCUGGCCAUUGACGGCACGCCGCGCGCCGAGAUCGCGGAGCUGGGUCACUGGGCGCUUGACAAGAUGACGCGAGCGUACAUCACCGCCAUUCCGGUGGGGGUGGUGAUGAAGAAGGCCGGUUACUCUGGUUACAAGCAGGACUACUUCUUGGGCCGGAGCAGGGCGGAAGGGAAGGCUGCUGAGGGGUCCGACGCCGACAAAGCCGCGGUGCACUUCUGGCGCACACUCGCGAUGCUGCGCCGCAUCGUCGCCGAGGACCUAGCGGUGAAGCUGGUCCGCACACCAUGGCACCCGUACGUCCAAGGCUCCCUGCUCUGCUGGAUCCCCCUCUUCCAGCACUGGGCAAAACGGGUCGAGAGGGUCGACACCGAGACGAUCAACUUGCGUCGGGAGCCGACCCAAAUUCAGGCAGAGGUAAGUCGACGACGAGCUGGAUGUAGGGCAUUCCAAACCACCUCGCGGCUAACGGCAAACGAGAAGAUUGACUUCCAGGAGGAGCUCGAGAAGCGCGACGACACCAUUGCGUCUCUCACCGCCAAGAUAACCCGUCUCACCGAGGCACUCCGUAUGUCAGAAGCACAGAGAGUGCCGGAGGCCCCGCCGUGUGCUACCGCGCAAUCUCCCAACGAGGGUGGCUCGGCGGAUUCGGCCAACAUGGGAGCCGGCGCCGACGGAGGGGACGAAAAAUCCCCGCCACCCCCACAGACGGACGAGGAGGCUAGUUACGAGCUCAACGUGGUACAGCCGUGGCGGGAGGCCAAGACCGUGAGGGACGCCUGGCGCCUCUGGAAGUCCGCCACCGCUAACGACACCCGUCGGCUUUGCGACAGGAUCGCCGAGCCGGGGUUCAUCGACCGCCACACCCUCCUCGCCGGCGUGACGCAGGGUGCACUCAACAAGAGGGUGCGCCGCAUGCUAAAGGUCAUCGAUGCGGCUGGCAUUGGAGUCAAGGGGCUGGGCCCCAAGGUGGUCUCGAAGCUACACCUCGCCUGUGCGCUUGUGGCGCUCAACAUGAAGCAGAGUGAUUGGGUCGAAACCCUGUUUCCAGACACGUGGGAGGAGCAGAUGCCGAAGACCAAGGCCGACCUGGCGAAGCCGACGGCACCGGCCAAGUCAACAGCACCGGCCAAACCGACCGCUCCGGUGCACCGUCCUCGGACCAAGUGGAAGAAGACGGCAUGA